AUGGGAUCCAACGUUGAGCUGGUAUGGCCAGAGUCAGAGGCAUAUUCCUCACGGGUGAACAACUGCUCACAUGCAAAUUCAUCCCUAGCUGUAAUUCGAGCGAAGUUGAGUGCCGAACAAUUAGAACAAUUCAAGACAUCAUGCUUUGGCCAUCUUCUGAAUAUAGAUAAGAUUCAGUUUAGCGGGCAGAUUGUGCAUGGGGUUGUGUUGCGUAGAGUAGCGGGGCAGGGUGUGAAAGACUUGGAUGGACUGAGUUUCUUAAUAGGGUGCGACGUUGCUCAGUUCACUCGUCAGGAUUUUCUGUUUGAUCUCAGGGCUUCGUUUUGGGGAAGUGCCUGA